AUGUUCAAGAUCAACACCAUCGCAGCCAUCUUGGCUCUCUGCGCCAUUGCCUCAGCCGCACCGGCUCACAGGCGCGACGAAUCGCACUGGGCCAAGACAGACUCGGGUUCUCAUACGACCCCGAGCGUUCACGGAACUGCGACUGGUUGGGCGCCUCACGAGACUUCUUCUAGCUCGCACUACCACGUCUCGUUGAGCUAUUCUCAAAUUAGCUCCAAUACGGAAGAAGCCGUUGCAUCUGCUACGGGCGAUGCCCCAGCACCCACCGGCUCCGCAGCCAACACCGCAAGUCCCGCCGCGCCAACGGGCCUAAGCAAAGUCCAGCAGAUCCUGCUUUCGGACACCCGCGCCGAUGCCGUCAACAACAUCCUCAAAGACGACUCUGACUUCGUGUUCGACUUCAACAAAGCGCGGAAAUUCGGCCCGGGCAAGGGCGGCGAGGUCGUCCUAGCCACCCGCAAGGCCUUCCCGGCCCUGACGGGCACGGGCAUCGGCAUGGCCGUCGGCUUCCUCGGCCCCUGCGGCUUCAACACGCCCCACGUGCACAACCGCGCCACGGAGCUCCUCAUCGUGACCAAGGGCAAGGUGAUGUCGGAGAUGGUUGUCGAGAACGGCGUCGAGAACGCGGACAAGAAGCCUCGUGAUAUCAUGAACACUAUCGAGGAACUGCAGGCGACCCCCUACUACAUGGGCGCCCUCCACACGCAAUUCAACCCCACCUGCGACGACGUCACGUUCAUCGCGCCCCUGUCGAGCGAGGACUUCGGCGUCAACACCAUGGCCCAGGCCUACUUCGCCCUCGAGGACGACACGAUCCGCGCCGCGGCCGGCAACCACAUCGACGGCGCCGACGUCGACAAGUUCCGCGGCAUCAUUAGCACGAAUGUUGCCCUGGGGGUCGAGCAGUGUCUGAAGACCUGCGGGAUUGCUAAGCGUUGA